AUGGAGGAGCUUUGCUACAGCUUCGAGGAGGGAGACCCCACUGCAGAAUGUCUCCUCUGGGAGCCGGCAGAUCCUGACGCACAGCUGGAGAACUUUCUCCUGGAGUGCCUGGCAGAGCCCUCCUGGCCGGGGCCGGAGGAUGCUGAGCUGGACAAGCGCCCAGUCCCACCGGAGCCCCCCGGGCAGCCCCGGCAGCGCCGCGCCGCCAACCUCCGCGAGCGGAGGCGGAUGCUCAGCAUCAACGCGGCCUUCGAGGAGCUGCGCGGCCGCGUGCCCACCUUCCCCUACGAGAGGCGCCUCUCCAAGAUCGACACGCUGCGCUUGGCCAUCGCCUACAUCGCCCUGCUCGGGGACAUCCUCCUGUCCGGCUGCCACCCCAAGGCCUACGUGGAGCAGUGCCUGAGGAGCGGCGGCCGCAGCCCCCAGCGGGCAGCCUGGAACACGAGCGAUCUGACAGCCCGCCUGUCCUGGGUAAAGUGGGAUUAA